AUGCCCAAAUGUUUUCUAUUGGGCUCAGAUCAGGGCUGUUUGCUGGCCAUGUCAUCACUGGCAGAUUCAUCUCUUCUUUGUAUUCUUUUGCCAAAUACCUUUAUGGCAGGCAUGCCAUCAGCAAUUACAAGUUUUCUCACUCCACCAGCCCAAAUGCACCCCCAGACCAUCACUGAGCCUCCUCUGCCUUAUACUCUUGGACAUACAUAG